AGAGCGAAGAAGUGUACCAGCGCCAGGUGCUGUCUAUCUCCUGUAUCGUCUUUGGCAUAGUCGUGGUGGGCAUGCUUUGUGCAGCGUUCUACUUCAAAACAAAGAACCAAACAAAGCAAAUUCAUGAACAGCUGAAAGAAACACAGAAUAGGAAAACCUACAGCCUAAAUGCUUCCAGCAUGAUGGCAAAGUCGGAGUGUAUGGCUCAAAGCCAAGUCCAGAUGCAAAAUUAUUCAAAACCAGAUAGGCAUCCGGGGCCUAUUCUGCACAAAGUUAUGGAGUCUAGUUUUUCAGGCCCUCAGUCUUUCCCAGAGGCCUUGUGUCCUGACAGAGGAACCCAGCCCAUCAAGCAACACAGAAGUCUCUCUUCAUGCUGCAGCCCAGGACAAAAAAGUGGGAUGCUACAUAGAAAUGCCUUUCGGAGGACUCCUCCCUUGCCUCGGGGUAGGUUCAAUGGAAUUACAGGACCAGCAUAUCAACACCUAGAAGAGUCAAGGAUCACAGACCAGGACACAAUACCUUGUCACGGGUAUUCAUCCAGUGGUUUAAAAACUCCUCAGAAUACUUCAAUAAAUAUGCAACUGCCUUCAAGAGAGACACCCCCAUAUUUUAAUAACGUGGAUCAGAAGGACUUGGUCGGCUAUUCAUCUUCAAGGGCCAACUCCGUUCCCAUUAUCCCAUCUGUGGGCUUGGAUGAAGCCUGCAUGCAAAUGCAAAAUGUUGCUGAAGUAACGGGCAUCAAAUGGUGCAAAAACUCCUAUUCUGCUGAACUUGUCAAUGUGAGUUCCCCAGUCAGUAAUUGUCUUAUAGCAGAACAACACGAAGUAAAAAUAUUGCUAGAAACUGUGCAGGAGCAGAUUCGGAUUCUGACGGACACGAGGCGGUCGGAGGACUAUGAACUGGCGAGCGUAGAAGCAGAGAGCAGCGCGAGUGAAAACACAGCGUUUUUGCCCAUGAGCCCCAUGGCCAAGUCAGAGCGAGAGGCACAAUUUGUCUUAAAAAGCGAAACGCAAAGAGACUCGGUAUUGACCAAGUGA